CCCUUUGUGGCGACAAUCGACCCAUUCAAGCUUGACAACUCUUGUUGCCUUGUGAUCUAGCCUUUGUUAGCUUAGGCUUGUAUCAUUUUUGGUAUCAGAGCUUCAAAAGCUCCUAUCUAUCAGGUUAUAUCUAUCCUUGUCUCUAUUCAUUUGCAUUUGUUUAUUUGUUUCAUCUCUUUUGCAUUUGUUUCAUUUAUAAAAUCAUAUAAAAAAACCAUAAAAAUUGUUUGCAAUUUCUGUCCAUUUUUGCAUUUGCUUGUUCUUGGUGUUAAAACCAGGGAGGCACGACAAAGAUGACCAUUUACUUUCUUUGAUUCAUAUAAAUUUGAAAAUCCAAAAGAAAUCGUGUUUGCAUUAGUUGUUUCCUUAGUUUCUAUUUCGGUUUAUUCACUUACUAUAAAAAAAAAAAGGUCAAUUUUGUUUCUUGCUUCUUUUAAAUUCUAAAAAUUAUAAAACCAGAAUAAAAAGUUAAUUUCAUUGUCUUAGUUUUAUAUAUUUCGUGUUUCCAUUAAAAAAAAAACAAAAAAAAAAAGUGAAUUCUUUUUCAUUUGUUUUAAUUUUCCAAAAAAAAUAAAUAAAUAAAUAAAAUAAAAACAAGGAGAUACUAAGUUUCCAUUUUUUUUUGUUCUUUCUUAUUCUUCUCUCCUUUCUUUUGCUAAGCCACGACUUAAUUCCUUUUUCUUCUGUUUGUGCAAGGCAAACUCUGAGAAAAGAUAGAGAAGACGCCAAUGGAGGAUUACUCAGAAGAAGAGGCUGAAGAAUACAACACGUCUGAGGUAGAUUGGGGAGAAGAAGCUGACCAGGAUUGUUGGGACGAUGGAGAUGACCACACUGAAGGUCAUUGGUGCGCAGACUCUGUUCCAGAGUAUGUCCCAAACGAUGAACAAGAAUACCCAGAGGUGGAACCAGAAUCAAUGGACCAGUAUUCAACUUGCUAUGGUCCCAAAUCCCAACUCAUCUAUGAGGAUAGUUCUGAAGGGAAAUAUUAUUCUCAAGCGUGUCCUAGAAGAGAAAAGACCACUGUGGCUGCACCAUCAAGAUCUUAUCAUGGGAGUCUAUCAAGACAUGCUCACAGCACGCCAUGGAACUACAAUGGAGAUCAGUUUUAUCAGAAUCGCUUGGCUGCACCAUCUAUACAUUUUUCUGGUCAUAAGCAAGGACCAAGUGCAUAUCUAAGGUGGGAGGACGACAUGGAGCAAUGGUUUAUAGCUUGGAGAAUUCCAGAGAAGCUAAAGCUAACUUAUGCGAAGGAUACCUUAACCGGAGAGGCAUACAAUUGGUGGAGUCAGCUAGAUGCUGAUAGGAUCUAUUUCAAUGAUCCGGCUUUUACUUGGAAAGAGGUUAAGAUGCUCAUGUAUAGUGAGUUUGUGAAGAAGGCAAAAUACAUUCAGAAGGUGUCCACAAGGAGAUUAAUAAAGCACCAAGUCUUGCAACCCACAGUUCAGAGAGAAGUUGUUUCCCAAAGACAAAGUUCAAGGCCAGUGCAUCCACCUCAAGUCAAACGAAACCAAGGUGAGCACUCUAACUCUUUAAAACCAUCUGAGGUUAUUUGUUAUAGGUGUCAAGGCAAGGGCCAUCUAGCAAAGGAGUGUCCCACAAAACGAGUUGUGAAGUCAGUAGUAUCUGAAGCAAAAGAAACAAACUUGGAGGUAAGUGAUUCCGAUACUAGAAUUGAUGAUUCCUUUUCUAGAAUGGAUAAACAUAUUGAUGAUCUUAUCAACUUGAUUAAAGCUAGAUCUACUUCUGUUUCUAGUAAUUCCAUGACUGUCUUAACACACUUGUCUAGCGCCCAAAAGGUUGAAAGUAUUUCAGGUACUAACAUAGAAAUCAAGGAACAAGAGCCCAACCUUGCUGCGCAAUCAAGUCCAACACUUGAUAAGGUGAUUUCUGAACUUAAAGUGAAUAAUCUUACUUAUCAAAACACUGGUAUGAUGCACUUGCACUCUGUCCAGAAUGUUGAUGAAGGUCUAGGUAAUGAGGAGACACGUACAGAAGCUAAACAACAAGAGAAUAAUGAGCAAUCUACCCUAGAGACCUCUACACCAGCUGAUCAAGCUUUAGAGGUAGUAAAUACCAAAGCUGAAUCAAUGCAAGAUAACCAGGUACAAUGGAGAAGCAUCCAGAACCAAACUCACAACCUUACACCCAAGCAGUGGUCAAUGGAGAAACCAAUUGUGAAAUAGGAGAUUUCGAAAAGGAGACCACGAUCCUUCCAAGGGAAAUCAUAGACCGACCAUGGAAAGGGGGCAUAGCUUCCCUACUGAUCAAAGAAGAACCACCAGAUGGACAAUGCAUCACAAAACCGUGCAUAUACCAAGGUAAGACCCUAGCCUCCCAAAUUAGAAUGAAACCUAACUUGCUCUAUCUUGGUGCAGGUAAAUUGGUUUUGAGGACAAAACCUUUUGAAGAGGGAGGGAAUGAUGAGGACCUAAAGUCAGUAGCUGGACCACCAACUCAUGAGAUCAACCAUACAAGCUACAUUGGAGCCAGCAGCGACAUAGGUGCACUCAAAGAAGGAUAUCUUUGCAACCAUAAGGAAUUUAACCGUGAAACCAGUUUCUAUAGAUUCUCAACUCAACCAGAGCACGCAGCGAAUUGGUUUCAUACCAAAAAGAGUAAUGGUUUAGGAGAUAUGCCAGUUACAAGUCAGACUAUCUACACUGCAUCCGAAUUGGUUCUAAUUAAGGAAAGUAAUUCUUUGCUUAAGGAGUGUGCAACUCAAACUCACGUGUGGAAACCAGGAGAUUAUUCAUUACAUCUAAGAGCAGUGGGAGAGUUUCUACCAUGCACCAGCAGCCACAUGAUCAAGAUGAAUCCCUUAUUUGUCAACUUACCUUACAUGGAUGCAUUCACACUUGGAGUUAUUAAAGACCAACGGCUCUUUCCCCUUCUGUUCAGGCACGACUUAGAGA